UGGGCCACGCCGGCUCCCGUCGGAAAGCGCCGCGGCUGUGGCGGCGCCACGUCCACUGCGGCGGUAGGAGAGCGCAGUCGGUUGGGCCUCCGGCCGGCUUCCCGCAACCAUGGCCUUUACUCUGUACUCGUUGCUGCAGGCCGCCCUGCUGUGCGUCAACGCCAUUGCGGUGCUGCAUGAGGAGCGCUUUCUUAAAAACAUUGGCUGGGGAACAGACCAGGGAAUUGGUGGAUUUGGAGAGGAGCCAGGAAUUAAAUCUCAGCUAAUGAACCUUAUUCGAUCUGUAAGAACUGUGAUGAGAGUGCCAUUGAUAAUAGUAAACUCAGUUACUAUUGUAUUGCUUUUAUUAUUUGGCUGAACAUCAGUUGGAGAAAUGAAGACUCAGAAGACAAGAUGCCAACAGAAGUUAUUACAUCAGUCAUUGCUAGAACAUUUCUUAGCAGGCUGAUCUUGCACUUGACAAAAAAAAAAACAAAAAACUAUAAAGUUGACAAUAAAACCAGAGGUUCUAUUUAUCUGAUUUUUAAAAAAAUGUUACACUAGUUUCAUUACAAAAGAUCAGAUCUUCGGAAACCAUAGUGCUGCAGGAGUAGAAUACAUUUGACUGCUGACUGUUAAUAAUUCAUGCUGUGGUAAAGAUUGUUAAAGGGUACAAGGCUGUCACUUCCUCUAUCACUGCUCAGGGAUAAAGUGUUUUCCAAAGUUUUUAAAUUCCUUUAGUUAUGAUAUGAAAGUGACUAUCUGCUAGAUGAAACUUAAAGGAUUUAAGUUACAUAUAAAUGAUAAAUAUAAAGGAUUUAAGUUACAUAUAAAUGAUAAGUAAUUUGGACCAUUUUAUUUCAUACUCUUUGGUUAAAUACUUAAGCUGUAUAUUGUCUCUGUUAUGAAGAACUCAAAUGUAUUGAUACUAUAAGGGGCAGUGCUCUCUGAUUUCAGGGAGAAUUCCAAUUUCUAAGUCAAACGUGUUUUCUUUCAUUGUUCUUUUCAUACAUUUAUUUUAAAUUGGCCUAAAUGAUUAGAUCAUAAUGAUAACGAUAAUUCUUUUUCAUGGGUAGAAAAACUUAUGUAGUAAAGUCUGUGCCCUUUUUACAGUGAUGACUUAAAAAUCACAAAUAGCCUGUAUGAACAAUCCUAACGUCAUAAACUAUAUGUGUAAGAAGACUGUUUAUUGUGAACUUCUGCCACCUAAGAUUAUUUCCACUUCUUGGCGUAGCAGUACAUUAAUGGAUGUGAUUCUCAAUUUUCUGUACUUUCUAGCAUUCAUGCUAGACAGGUUGUUUUUAAAUUUUGUUUUGUUUUUAUGCCUUAGACUACCCUGUGAUGUUGUUUGCUCAUCCCGUAAUUCACUUUUAUGUAGAAAGAUUGAAAAUAUGUAAAUGGUUUUCAUGACAGUGAUCAGUUAUAAUAUUUUAAAGGAGUAAAAUGGCAUCUUUGUUUAUAGGAGAACUUUUGUAAAUAAAGUUGAAAUUUCCAAGUCAA